CUCUUUCGUUCGUACGCAAAUUGACUGUCCAAAACGUGCAUAAACACCACCGAUUGUGUGCCUCUCUUCUCCCCCUCUUCUUUUUUUUCUUCUUGUUUUUGGAUACGCCAAAUAUACAUCAAGCAGCGCAGCAAUGGGCCUUUGGGAUCGGAUAUUAGCGAAGAUCGUUCCUCCAAAAACCGUAGAGGAUGAAGAACAAACAGAAAGCUACUUCAUCCCUGGUGCAUUGGUCACCACCCUCUUCUUCCUUUGGGGCUUCAGUUACGGUUUGCUAGACACGUUAAACAAGCACUUUCAGAAUGUAUUGGGAAUCACUACAACUGAGACCACGUACAUGCAGGUGGCUUACUUUGGUGCAUACUUUGUGAUCAGUCCCAUUGCCGGUGUUAUCUUAAAGAGAAUUGGAUACAAGAAAACCAUCAUUCUGGGCUUGCUGCUCUACGUGCUUGGUUCACUAUGCUUCUAUCCGGCCGCAGUCAAUGAAUCAUAUGGCGGCUUCGUUGGUUCUCUGUUUACGAUCGCUUCAGGUUUGGCUAUGCUUGAGAACUGUGCCAAUACCUAUAUUACAAUCAUCGGUUCUCGACGCUGGGCGUCUCUCCGAAUCAACUUAUCCCAAGGUUUCAAUGGUAUCGGUACAACUAUUUCUCCCAUUAUUGCUUCGUAUGCUUUCUUUGGAGGUGACGAAGAAGCAACGGGUAACUUGGACUCUGUUAAAUGGACAUAUGUCGGUGUCGGUUGUGGUGUAUUUUGCAUUGCAAUUCUCUUUUGCUUUGCCCGUAUCCCUGAAUUCGACGAAGAAGCUCAAAUGCGAGCUGAAUCCGAAGCAACUGGUGAAGUUGUGCGCCGUGCAUCCAUGAAGUCACCGCAUUUGUGGUUGGGAGCCAUCACGCAAUUCAUUUACACUGGCAACCAGGUUGCCAUUGCUUCUAUGUACAUUUACUAUGCGACCAUUGUCGGUGGAUACACCGACUCCUUUGGCUCACAGUUGCUGGCUCUUGGCCAAAUGUGCUUUACCAUCGGUCGAUUCGUGGGUGUUAUAUUGAUGCGCUGGUUCCGCGCCGAUCACCUUUUGGCAGCUUACUCUGUCUGUGCCAUCAUUGCCACCAUUUGUGCUGUUACUGUUCAUACACAGCAAUCGACAUACACUUUGAUGGUAAUCCUGUUCUUUGAAAGUAUCAUGUUCCCUACCAACUUUGCCCUCGGAACGCGUGAUCUUGGUCGUAACUACAAAUACGGUGCACCCAUCUUGAUCAUGGGUGUUGCAGGAGGUGCUCUUUUCCCAACCUUAAUGGCUCUUACCAAGGACAACCGCAACAUUCACCUUGCCUUUGUUAUUCCACUCGUCGGAUUUGUCAUAGAAUUCUGUUAUGCUCUGUUUGGAUCAAGAUGGAUCAUCUACGUAGAUGAGGAAGAUGAUCAACCAUCAGCUAUUGACAAGGAUAAGGGCAGCAGUGCUGAACUCGAAGCUGCGGCUGAUAAAAACAGCAUUACUUAUGCUGAACAAGCUAAAUAACUAUAUCAAAUACCUU